GUAAUAUAAGACAUUUAUGGAUGCAAAAGAAGUUCACAGUGAGGUUUCUGAGGAGCUAACCAGGGAGACGCUCAUUGGAAUAUCUUACUUGCUACCAGAAAAGGUUCAGAAUUCAGACGUGGAUGAAAUUUUGAAUGCUGAAAAGAGUGUUUCAAGGACAAACAGUGAUGGAGCAGAUAAGUACAGAUCUGAACUGAUUUCUAUUUCCUACUGUCCAUCUCCUGAUAUGAUGCCAUCACCUGUGAUUGGGAAACCAUAAUGGUUAGCAUGAACUUCUUCUUUUCCCUCCUUUUGUAAUUGGCUGCAAGGACUCUUACUUACCUUGUCAUAAAAGUUUCUUGUAACAUGUUCUCCUGGUUUAGUUUGUUGUGGAAUUUGCUAUAGUUUAAAUGGUUUUGCAACCAAUGUCGGGUUGCAGUGUCUGUUGAUGUCAAUAGAAAGGGGAAGAUAGAUAUGAAGCAGCUUUACAUACUUGAUGUGUACUGUUACAAUGAAGAUAUGUGUUGAUUGGGGAUUUGGUCUUA